CAAAAACAUUUCUCUUUCAAGCAGUAGUCUGUGCUAUAGUUUUAAAUGGAUACUCGAAAAGUUUUAUCACUAUUUUUAACCCUUGUCUUAUUUUUCAUUCUCUAUUCUACUUUACCAACAUCAUCAUCAUCAUCCCAUUCUCAGCUAGUUAGAAACAUAUGCAAAGAAACCAUAAACUACACCAAAUGCAUUGAAACUCUCGAAGCCGAUCCCCGCACCAAAUCACCAAAGAAUCUCAACGCUUUUGCGGAAGACUCCAUUCGUUUAGCGAUGGAGAACGCGAAUGAGAGCUUACAUUUCAUCGAACACAUGGUGAAGAAUAAGACGAGUGGGAUUAGUAGGAGUACAAGAGCAGUGCUCAAACAAUGUGUUAAGUCAUACAAAGCAGUGGUUGCAUCGUUCAAAAGUGCGCUGGAGGAGCUUUCCGAAGAUGCUAUGACGGCAAACUACGACGUUAAAGUGGCCGUUGAUUUCAUCAAUGACUGCGGAAACGAGAUGAGCUCGAAGCAAAUUCGAGUUCCGUCAAUGCCUGAAAGAAACGAGCAAGUUAGAUUGUUUAGUAGCAUUGGAGAUGUAAUUACCACUAAACUAAUUAUUGAGUUCUCAUUUCUAUCCGGUUCUUAGUUUUCUUUAUGUACACGUGUGGUUCGUAUUGCAAAAAAAAAAAUUAUUAGUUGGGAUAAAAUAAAAAUAUUGAUAAGAUAUGAU